CAAGAAGCAAAUCGGUUGAUCUGUCAAAAAAAGAACAACAACGUAAUCUUCCCUUGGAAAAGCUAAUUCUGGAAGCCAAAAUUGAACCCGCAAGCGUCCAUUCGCAUCUCGAACCGGACAGUUAUUUGCUGCGAGACUAAACAGGCAAUCACAGUUAACCGUAGCCGGCGUAGGACACGAUGUCCAAAUCGAAUAAAAUCGUGCUGCGAAUCCAAUCAGCUGAUGGCACCAAACGCGUCGAAACAGAGCAAGCGGUCACAACGAAAGGCCUGUAUGAACUGGCCAAGGCAGCCUGUGGACUCGAUCAUUUCGACUUUGCGCUAUACCGUGAGCGAAACUACACAAAGGAGAUUGUUUCCAGUGGCUCGCAGGAAGUGAAAGAUAUUGGUCUCAAACAUGGUGAUAUUGUAUAUUUACGUCUAGUAGAAGGACCUUCUACUUCGAAGGCCACGGAACGAAGUGCGUCAGUUAAUUCGUUAGCUUCAAGCCACAGUUCCUCGCUCAGCAAUGCGACAUUUAGCCGAGAGGCUACCCCAUCGACCAGCUCGAAACAAUCCGCAGCAGCGACAGAGCAGGCUAUCACAGAGGAUUCGGUCGACCUGGAACUAUACAAGCAGGAUGGCCGCAUCAAACGAGAGCGUGACGAGAAGCUCUGCCGCCACAAUUCAAACGGUUGCUGCGUACAUUGCUCGCCGCUGGAACCGUGGGAUGAAAACUACCUCAAGGAGCACAAGAUAAAGCACUUCAGCUUUCACUCCUACCUGAAGAAGCUAACGUCCGGCGCUGCCCGUGGAAAGUUUGUUGCGCUCGAGGAUUUGAACUGUAAGAUUAAAUCCGGCUGCCGGGAUCAUCCACCGUGGCCCAAAGGCAUCUGCUCGAAGUGCCAACCGUCGGCGAUAACGCUUAAUCGGCAACCGUACCGGCACGUAGACAACGUGGUGUUCGAAAAUACCGGCAUCGUCGAGCGGUUCCUUAACUACUGGCGAACGAGUGGCCACCAGAGAAUCGGUUUCCUGUUCGGCAAGUACGAACUCCAUCCGGACGUACCGCUCGGUAUAAGGGCGCGUGUGGCCGCAAUUUAUGAGCCACCGCAGGAGAGCAACCGUGACUCGAUACGCCUGCUGGACGAUCCGAACGAUGCAGACGUUGAUGAGCUGGCCAGGUUACUCGGUCUGCAGCGCGUUGGAUGGAUUUUUACGGAUUUGUUAAGCGAAAAUUUGGCCAACGGGACGGUGAAGCAUGUGCGCAACAUCAAGACGCACUUUCUUACCGCGCAAGAGUGCAUACUGGCAGGACAUUUGCAGAACAAAUAUCCUAACCGCUGCAAGGAUUCGUCGAACGGAUACUUUGGUUCGAAAUUCGUGACAGUUUGUGUGACCGGUGACGAGAAGAAACAAGUGCACAUGGAAGGAUAUGCCGUAUCGGCACAGUGUAUGGCGCUGGUGCGAGACAACUGUCUCAUUCCUACGAAGGAUGCGCCCGAGCUAGGAUAUAUUCGCGAGUCGUCCGAUAAGCAGUACGUCCCGGACGUUUACUACAAGGAAAAGGAUGUCUAUGGUAAUGAGGUGCAACGCUUGGGACGACCACUGCCGGUGGAGUAUCUGCUGGUUGACGUGCCGGCCUCGACACCGCUCGUACCGCUGUACACAUUCCUGGAGCGGAAGAAUGCGAAGCAGUACUUCCCGGUCGAGAACAGACUGAUCGACGGUCACAUACAGGAUUUCGCCGCCCUGGCAGACUAUCUGGCUAAAUCACGUUCGAUGCCCUUCCUUGACGCUGUGUCCGAUUUUCACUUGUUGUUUUAUCUGUACCGCAUGGAGGAUAUGCUGCCGAUGAAAUCCCAGCUGGGUCCACUGCUGGAAGCGGUACGUACCAAGGACAAGGCGAAGGCUAAUGAGUGGAAAUCGCGAGAGGUGUGGAAAACGCUCGAAGAGCUAAUUGAGGCCAGCUCCAACCAUGAUGACUCCAGCAUGAGCAAUGAUGUCGAGUUUGUACCGAGUGGCGAUGCGGAACAGAACUGGAUUUGUACGUUCUGCACGUUUAUCAACAGCCGGGAGCUGCCCGCAUGCGAGAUUUGUAAUCUUCCCAGAUCCAGACAAUGAAGAUCCAAGCUUGGUUAAAAUGGUUGCUUAAAAAAACACAACACAAAACUGGCAAGCAUCAUCAUCAGCUCACUACAAAGAUCCUGCGACACAUUUGAAAUUUUUAAAACAGUUCACCUAAAUAAUUGGUGAGAGAAACAGCUGGAGCAGCAAAUGUGCUUUGGAAGGCAAACAUUAUCAUGCAGCGUUACGGCUACUACAUAGCUAUAAGCUGGGGAGGGAACUUUUUUUUAGUCUAAAUGCAUUAACGAAUAACAUUUCGGAUGAUCCGAGGAAGGGAUGGAAAGAUGCACAGGUGCUGUGUGGUCAAAACAAAACUCUUUCGCUAUCUGUCUCUCUCUUUCUCACACACACAUCCACAUACAUUCUCUUUCUCUCUAUUGUCACACUAUUUCUCGAUGGGGUUGCAUUAAUGCAGCAAGCAUAAGGCAUGAGCGCAGCUGAUGAGCUAAGCGGCUGGGAAGUGAUUAAAUUAUUUAUUCAAUAAUAGCAUCUGGCUACGGUGUGAGCCAUUCCCUAGUUUCCCCCCAAAAACCCUCCCCUCCCCCCCAGUGUCAGCGUCCAGACAAGGUUAUGGAAGAGAUGAUCACUUCGACGGUGAAGUAGGUGAAAGUUGACAGCAAACAACAAACUGAUAAAACGAUAGCAAGGUAAACUGAUUCAAAUAAAGUCCAUCAUACAAG